CGGAUAGCAACCAGAUAUUGUCAGAAAAACAAUACGAGGGUUCAAUAAAUCAGUAAUUCCGGAAUGGUAUGUUCGGGAGCACAGAAAAGGGAUUCUUCCACCACGUUCAAUGGACAUUGUCACAUUACACAGAACAUUUUUAACUCCACAGGUCGAAAGUUCAAGCUCACAAGCAUCAUCUUAUAAGUGCAGUGAAAAACUUCGAGCAUUUAUGUAUGGGAUACUACUUUCAGAAGACAUUGCUGUACUGGAACUGAAAGAAGGGUUGAUUACAGACAAAGAGUGUGCUGUCGAGGAAUAUGAUCAAAAAGACGAUUUCAACACGAGUAGAUUUGUCCACCCUCUUCAAACAUUGACACAACACUGCACUCUCCCAAAGCUGUCAGAAAUUAAAGAUCUUUCAACACCAGACAAAGAAAAUAUCCUUCGCAUGAUAUUAAAUACCGAUUCCUUAAGAAAAUAUCGAAUGACCAAAGAUCUUGAGCUGGUUAUUGGCAUUAUUUUAUUUUGGGUAAAAGAAGCCGAGCCGAAAGUAACACUACAUCAUUUGCAAAGCGUUCUUGUGUGUAUGAUAAUGCUAAAAGUUAAGUGGGUUGUUCAGGGAGGCGACACUGGAAGCGAAAAAAAUUUGAUAGAAACUGCAGUUCUGAACAUGACCGACAAAAGUUUAGAAGAGGUCGGUACGAAUCUUCUUACAUAUAAUACCGAACUUAAAGACAGUGUGAACAAUCCAGUAAAGAGUGAAUUAAUCCACGGAUUUGCACAGCUCCAGACUUGCAUCAUGGCUACAAUGCACUUUAACUCUCUAUUGUUGCACCCAUUUCCAAGUCCAUGCAUACCACACAUAUUUUCAGGGACGUUUUUGUACAAUUUUUGUCUGGAGCUAAAAGAACAGAAAGAUCCUGACUUUUUCAUACAUGAACUACUUGUAAAGGGCUCACAACUUACAGAAUCAUACCAGUGCCUCUUUGAUGCUGUGAUGGAGUCUAUUGACCCAAACAGAUUAGAACCAGCGACUAAAUAUUUAAAUGAGAAGUUGUUCUGUAAAGGCAGGAGACCAAAGCUUGUUGAAAACGUUCUCCUAACCACUAGGAACAAGUUUAGCAUUCUUUAUAUGAGGGACAGUGAGGAUGACGACUAAGACACUUUUUAACUUAGUCCAGUGGCAUAUAUUUUGAAAACCGGACUAGAGAUUCAUAACCCUGAUUUGCAACAAGGGUUUAUUAAAGAUCAUAUGAAACGAUUUUUAACACUAUGAUUUUCUUUCAUAAAUAUAAAGCUUGGUAUAAACAAAUGUUAAAAUACGUGAAGUAAGAUUUUUUUUGCCUUUGCAUUAAUGAGAAAUAACCGUGAAAACUCAGCACCUAAAAAAAUUCUUCCCCGCUUAUCGUUCUUGAUUUUGUGGAUUAAUGACGUCACACAGACCCACCGUUGUAAACAAUGCAUCAAAACUAGUGUAAUUUUACAGUAGUUAAGUAAUUUUUGCAUAUAUAAACGUGUCUUUAAUUAUUAAAAUAUAUUUGCGCUUUAGUUUGAGCCGUUGGCAUUUUAACUAUGUGCAGUAUGUCGUCAAUUUAAUCAUAAAAACACCCCGUAAAACAACUAUGGAUCGGGUAGUGAAUGAUUUUAAAGUGUGGUAUGAAUAAUUUAGAGUUUUGUGUUAAAUGUAUACUGUUUUGUUAGAUGAAAUUUUAGAACUCGAAAGAACGCGAUCCGUAUCACUUAAUUUUGAAUGUCGUGGCACACUCUCCUAAAUUCUAUUCUGCAGAACAUUUUGUAUUUUCUUCACUUAAUGCUGGAUGUGUGUAGUGUGCUCAUCGUUGUCAUAUAUUAUACUGGUUUAUUAUAUUCUAUCAUUCAGGUCAAAUAUAAUUAACAGUGAUUUUUUUGUUUCUGUAAAGAAAAGUAUUUUAAUAAAUUGAUAAUGCCUAAUUAUUCUAGUACAGAACCAUCUGAUGCUUAUGAGACAGACAUACGAAAGACACCUUGAUCGUAGGUUUUAUUGUGAAACUUUAAGAAAGUUUAUUUUAGAUAUCAAAGCCAGUAUAUAUAUGGCUAAAUUACUGCCUCUGAUUUUUUGAAAUAAUCACAAAACUUGUAAAUAUUAGAUGACAAAAUAAAGAUCAAAGUUAUAUACUUAGUUUUUGACAAAAUGUACAAGAACCGAAACAAUGUACAUGCUCAGUAAGAAUUACAAAAAAAACCCCAAAACAAAGAGAUGUGUCAAGCCAAAAAGACGUUACACAACAAACUGAAAAAUACAAAUAUGGGGUCUCGAAGAAUCAAUGGAUGAACAAGAACAAUAUAGUAGAUGAACAUCCUAACGAUUCCAAAUCUGUCCUUAACCAUAUUCCAGCAACAGCACAGACAGUAUUAUUAAAGAUAUUUUUAUUAAAGAUAUUUGCAAGGAAAAACUGGGUAUCCAAAUAUCCGAAAACGAUAUUUAUUGUUCCCAUCCCACUGGAAACAGAAACAACCAUGUGGGCAUCCAAAUUAUCCGUCGUUUACAAAAUUGGAAAACAAAGAACGCAGUAUACAAAGCAAAGAGUGAACUCAAAACUCUGAUAUGUUAUUAACUGUUACGCUUGCGUAAAAUUUACUCUUUUUGGAUCAACGACGGGAGAAUUUCUACUAAACUGUCCGAAAAUGGUCAAAGAUAUUUGAUCAAAUCCAUCAGUGAACUGCACAAAAUCGCGCCUCCACCGAGUGACGAACAACAAGGUUAAAAACUCUAAUCCCUUGCUCUCCUCUUCUGAACCUCAAACCGAUGUGAGCUACAUGUAUGUAUGUUAUAAAUUGAAUACAAUACAAUGUGCAAUCAGUUAUGUGUGAUAUUAUAAGCAUUGUGUUCCUGAAUGGUAGAUAUUUGCAAAUGUAUGAAAACAAUUUAUAUUUAUAUGUACAACCAAGUUAUAUUUAAUGGCUGUGGCUAAAUUACAUAGCUACAUUUGUGUUUGCUAUAUAGUAGUAUUAUAACUUUUGUAAGCCUAAUUAUAUAAUCAAUUUGGUUUCUUGUCCAAUAUUGUUGUUGAGGCCAUAAUGUUUAUUUUUUUUUCUACAUAUUCUUGUUUUUAUUCAUUUGUUCCAUUCUUGAUUUUCACUUUGUAUUCUUUAUUUGUAUGCACACACUUUUUCAGGUUUUUGCGUACUUUAAUUAUUUUUGACCUUCAACUUGUGUUCUGAUAUUAGGCAACAAAGGUUAUGGUCGUUAGGUGCAUGUAUGAAUUCACUUCUGUCUGCUCUCUAAAUGUUUUUAUUUUAAUAUUUUCCUAUAAAGACUACUUUUCAAAUGUUUACUUUAAAACUUACAGUGGUUUUGAAACUCGUAUUAAACAUUGGUAAGGUGUUUUGAAAGAUUAAACUGAUCUUAAAAUCUACUAGUACACAACUCUUUAUUAUAUAUAUGUCAAUUGCAUAUAUGUAAACAGCUGCCAUUUUAUCCACUGACUUUUAUUUUUGUUGUGUACAGAUCUAUUGUAUUAUAUGUUUGUAUUUGGAGAGGGUGCGGUCUACGUUAUGGAAUUUGUGCCCAGUCCCAACUGUAUUUUUGGACAAUAAAAAUAUGUUCAAAUCAAAAGUAUCUAAAGAAUCAAACUGACACUGCUUGUUUUACACUUAGGUCAUCAGCAUAUCCUAAUGGUAUUUAAAACAAAGUCAUUGGAUAAAUAUGCAAAUAGUUCUGGCUUAAAGAUAAAUUUUAAUGAGACAUAAAUGAUGUUUAUGGAUGUCAAAAAGUUUGUAAAUAUUUUUUUUACCACUGUAGAUAUAAAUACAAAGGAAACUUGAUUUUCUGCAAUUAAUUGAAAAAAAGUAAAACAUGAAUAAGAUUUAAACUAACAUAAGAAAUAAGUUCUGAAGAUAUCGAUAGAAUUUUUAAAAAGUGGUAUUUACUUUGAUAGAUGGGUCAUCAUCAGCAUCUCUUAGAUUAUUUUUUUUAA